AUGACUGUGACUUUCGACGUGACCGCCGCACGAGCCGCGUUUCCUGCUCUAAGCGGCGAGCAGAUUUAUAUGGAUAAUGCGGGAGGUAGUCAGGUCCUUGGUACUGUUGCCGACUCUAUCCACUCAUAUCUCCUCAAGACCAAUGUUCAGCUCGGUGCCACAUACAAGACCUCGAAAAUAUCGACCGCAGCGUAUGACGAGGCAUACAAGGCCGCGGCAGCCUUUAUCAAUGCGCAAUCAGAUGAGAUCAGCAUUGGCGUCUCAACAACCCAGUUGUUUCAAAAUCUGGCAACGGCGCUCAGGUUCCAGCCCGGUGAUGAACUGAUCAUCUCAAAGCUCAAUCACGAGGCCAACAGCGCACCCUGGGUUCGUAUUGCAGAGCGAUUAGGGUUGACGGUGAAAUGGUGGGCGGCUUCAGACCCCAAGAACCCACGAUGCGACGUGGGCGACCUUCAGACUUUACUGUCUGACAAGACUCGACUGGUUGCGAUGCCGCACGUGUCGAAUAUCACCGGCACUAUCAGUCCCGUUCGAGAAAUUGCAGAUGCCGUGCAUGCGUAUCCCCGGGCUCUGCUCUGCGUCGAUGGUGUUGCGCUUGCACCACAUCGCCAAGUCGACGUCCAGGCUCUCGGUGUUGAUUUCUACGCAUUCUCUUGGUACAAGGUCUACGGACCCCACAUCGCCCAGCUCUAUGCGUCCUCGCGCAUCUCCGACCAGGUUGACUCACUGGCGCAUUUCUUCAAGUCGGGUGACUCGCUGGACCUAAAGCUCAAUCUCGCCUCGGUCAAUUAUGAAUUGGCGCAGAGUCUCCCCGAAUUGGUGGCGUUCUUUGGAGCCGAUCCCCGUGCGACGUGGGCGGCCAUGGCUGCGCACGAGGAACGUCUGCAGGAGAUCCUCUUGCAGUUCUUGGCCUCGGAUGAUCGGAUUACCAUCAUCGGUGAACCGUCGGCUCAUCACGAGGUGCGAGUCCCGGUGAUUAGCUGGGUGGUGCGCGGCAUCAAGAGUCAGCGGCUCGUGGAGGCGGUUGAGGCUCGGUCAGCGUAUGGCUUUCGAAGCGGCCAUAUGUACAGUCAUCGGCUGUUGAAGGAUGUGUGUGGAUUUGACGACGUGGACGAUGGCGUGGUGCGCGUGAGCUUGCUGCAUUACAAUACUGAGGCGGAGGUGGUGGGGCUGGUGCGUGUGUUGAAGGAGGCUCUUGCGGAGCUGUCCUGA